UGUAAGUCUAUAACCCCGAGUACGCAUAUACUACGUACUUACAUUCCUGUCUUUACGGGCUUAAAAUGGCGAACAAAACGGCACCAGUAGCGGACCCGGAGGAGCUGCCCAAGACUAUCGUGCGCCGCUUGGUGAAGGAUACGCUUUCUCAGUGCUCUAAAGACGGCGACAUUUCGGUACUCAAAGACUCUCUCCUGGCUUUCUCUGUUUGUGUUCGGAUCUUCAUUCAGUACCUCUCUGCAACUGCUAAUGAUGUGUGCAAGGAGGCAAACAGGAAUAUAAUUACUGCUAAUGAUGUUUUCAAGGCUCUUGAAGAGAUAGAGUUUCCUGAAUUGAUUGAGCCGCUAAAAGCUUCUCUUGAAGAGUUUAAGAAGAAAAACUCUGUGAAAAGGUCAGGACCCUCCAUCGGGAAGGAUCGUGGGAAGAAAAGCAAAGUAGAGGAUGACUAGGAAGAAUAUCAUGUCAUGAAUACAUGAUGUUGCCUGUAUAUGGGUGAUCUGGUACUCGAGAACCCCCCUCCCCCCUCCCCUUAUGGAUUGGGAUAUUUGCAGUGAGGAGUCCUUUGGAUCCAAACUAUACAUCUUUUAGGCAACUUCUGCAUUUCUAGGAAUUUAUAUAAACUUUUUAAGCGGGUUUGUGUAGAGGUGUUGCAUUGAAAUUAUGGGUGUUUUAAUUUUGAUGUUGUCUGCUUUAAAGUUUA